CUCAAGGCGCUGAGGGCGCACAGUGAAUGGGGGAGCCGCCUUCACUACCGCUCUGCUUGGUGCUUAGGGAAGCUGGAGUGCACUGUGUUUAUAUUCCAAUCGGGAGAAAGAAUCGACCGUUCUGGAUGUAGCCUCCAAUCAUGUUGUCGGCGUUGGAAUGUGCAUCAAUACCGCAAGUGUUUGAAUAUUGAGAGCCGGGAUAUAAGGGCUGCCGACUGGAAUUGUAGUCAUGGGAGGCCAGAUAACGCGAAAUGCCUUGUACGACUCUCUGGGCGGUCCGUUCCCCUCCACCACCCACCGAUGCCACCACAAGCCCAAGCGCUGCCUGCCCAUCCAGCAGUGUGGCGUUGUGGGUGGGGGCCAGAGGAGAGGCCUGGCCAUAAGUCCCUUGCUCUUCCACCCGAACACCAAGGGCUCCCAGAUCGCCAUGGACCUGGCCCAGAGGACUGUCAAGAGGCAGGCCAGCUUCUGUAACGCCAUCACCUUCAGCAACAGACCCGUAGCGUUGUACGAGCAGGUCCGGAUCAAGAUCACUAAGAAGCAGUGUUGCUGGAGCGGAGCUCUCCGUCUGGGCUUCACGGCUAAAGACCCGUCCCGUAUCAACCCAGACAGCCUGCCCAAGUAUGCCUGUCCUGACCUGGUCUCCCAGAGUGGCUUCUGGGCCAAGGCACUACCUGAGGAGUUCGCCAACGAAGGGAACGUCAUCGCCUUCUGGGUGGACAAGAAGGGCCGGGUCUUCUAUAGAAUCAAUGAGUCCAACCCGAUGUUGUUCUUCAGUGGGGUGAGAACAGGAGAACCGCUGUGGGGACUGAUAGAUGUCUAUGGGUUGACCCGUGGAGUGCAACUGCUAGAGAGUGAGAUGGUCCCUCCCGACUUCCUCCGUCCCCGCUCCUUCACCACCGUACGCUCCUCCUCUCUCCGCCGCGAGGCAGAUGAAUCCCGCCUCUCUGUCAGCCUCUGUGACCUCAACCUGCAGCAAGUGGACGGCUCUGGCCCAGCUCACCCACAUAACCACGCCCAUCUCCACCUGGCCCCUCCCUCCGCCUCCUGCCCCAUCCCCCAGAACUCCCUCAACACCCAGCAGUCCUCUGUCCUCCCACACUCCCUCGAAAGCGACCUCCAUUUCCACGCCCUCCGCGGUGCCCACAUCAAGACGCUCGACGAGCAGACGGUGGCGAGAUCCGAGCACGCCAGAGAGGAGCGAACGCUUGUCUUCACUGACCGGCCACUGCGUACCGGCGAGACCGUGUUUAUCAAGGUGACCAAGUCGAGCCCGGCUAGGUCGGGAUCGCUGUCCUAUGGCGUGACAUCAUGCGACCCCGCUGUGCUGCGCCCUAGCGACCUGCCCUACAACCCGGAGGCGUUAGUCGACCGCAAGGAAUUCUGGGCCGUGUGCCGAGUGCCCACGCUGCUCCAGAGCAGUGAUAUACUGGGCUUCCUGGUCAACCAGGAAGGGGAGGUGAUCUUGAGCCACAAUGGCACCAACGCAGGGAUGCAAGUGUGUGUGGACAACUCCCGGCCCCUAUGGAUGUUCUUUGGUCUGCACGGAGCUGUCACUCAACUCAGGAUACUGGGUUCCACACAUCUUGGGGACCAGCCAGCGCGGCCUCCCUCUAACCCCAGCUCUCCCUCCUCCUCCCCCCACACCCCCAGUGCCCUAGCCCUGGCCCUGGGUAGUGGAAGCUCCGACCCGGUCCUUAACGGAGGCCUGGGAGGCCCCAGCUCCGCGGCCUACUGUGGUGGCUCUGCGGGAGGAACGACCCCCAGCUCGCCCAUCAGCCUCCCCAAGUCGCCCACCUUCCCAUCAGGCAGCGGGAGAGGGCCCGGGUGGCCGACUGGAGAUGAGUGUUCCAUCUGCUACGAGAACCACGUGGACACGGUCAUCUACGCCUGCGGUCACAUGUGUCUCUGCUACACCUGCGGCGUCAAACUCAAGAAGAUGUCCAACGCCUGCUGCCCCAUCUGCAGGAGACAAAUCAAAGACAUCAUUAAGACCUACCGUAGCACGUAGGGGGCCUUUGAAGCUAAGGGCCCCGUAACUGAGGGCCACAGGCAUAAGUUAAUGGGGAGAGGAGGAAGAUGUUGAGGAAAGACUGAUAAACUUUUAAGAUCACGGAAAUGGACAAUGGACAGUUCACUCUGGUACUUUUGUGUGAUGGAUAUUGAGGAAGAAUCUUGAUUUUUGUUUCAAAAACCCAUUUUUUUGUUGGCUGGUACAGUUAGUAGACCUGCACUGCAAAGGUCUCUUACAUUUCCACUUUCCCUCUCUGACGCAGUGUGUGACGGCUUUUGAAGUGGCUUGGGGGUUUGCAACCGCGGCGAGCGCUUCCUCUCUCAACUAGAAGUUGUCAUUCUUCUUGCUCUCUCCAAGGAUUCAGGAAGUUUCAGACUUUGAGGAAAGAGAAGCCACUUCCAGACAACUGCCGCGAGUUUGCUCAUUUGCAUGGGAGCAAACGAGGUGGUUUCAAUUCAACGUUUUUGGUCUUGAGGUGAUCUAUCUAUGUUGAAGAGCAGAAGGACUGUUAACUUCCAACAUUUGCUUUUUGAACUUGACUCAACUCUGUCUGUGAAAAACAAAACAACAGGAAAAUAGCCGCCCUUGUCUACAGAUAGUUCUUUAUUAACAUGACGUCUCAGUAUGGCACAACUUCUGUCUGUGUGUUACUUAGGCAAACUGCAGAGGAAAAGAGAGGACUUAUUUGUUGCUCAAGCAUCGUGACCGGGAAGGGAUGCAUUUCUGCAGUAGGAUAUGAUUAGGAUUAAUCAAUAGGAAGAUGACUGCAGUUGUAUAAAGUUGUGAAGUAUAGGGACGUAAGUAUAUGACGUGUGAAGGAGGGCUGUAUCACCUCUUGCUCCUAUAUAGUAAGUCAUAUAUUCUCAACCAAAUGUAUUUGUGUGGUAGUUCUAUAGCACAUUCAUUGGUGGUAGCUGUCCUGUUGCGCUAGCUCGCUAUCUGCUUGCUCUGCAGUGUCGUGUGUGGCACUGAAGUCAGUACUGCGCUCUCGGAAAUGCCCCAUCUAGAAAGGAGAAGAAACAGAUUAUUUUACACAAUACAUUUAAACAACCAUCAAAACAAUGUCACUGGCAGCCUCAGCUCCCAAUCCAAUCCCAGAAUUUGUACCCACAUCAUGUGACUUGGAAGCAGGAAGUGAAAGUACAUUUAUUGGGUGUUCCUCAGGUCCAGCUGUUUAACGCCCCAAAAUGGUGACAGUUUACGCAGACACCAGCCCAAUGCACUGUGAUUGUUGCCAUGGAAUACCGUCCACCGUCGAUCCGUGACACAGCCCCCUGCCUUAUUUUAUGAACAGUUCAUUUGUUACAUGCGGAUGUGUGAUAAAUAAUACCUUGUUUCUAUUCAGAUUUUUCACCAUGACCCCUUACUAAAAUACCAAAUACGAUGUUGUGUGUCCGAAGAAAAGCUUUCCGAAACAGGACUUCAGAGGAUAAACUCAGAGGAUAAGAAGCACAUGAAACAAAACUGAAUUGACCCCAACUUAUUUUUAUAACUCAAAAUACUUACUGGUCAGUGGUCAUUUGCAUCACAUACGGUCAGUAAUAUGUACACAACCCUAAGCCCUAUCACGGUACUAUUCUAACAUCUGCAUAGUGCUUCAACCAGCAACAAAUACCCUUCACAGUUGCACACAUUAAUGUAGGGUUAUGAGAGGUAGAUGGGAGUUCCUCAAUGUUAUACGUUGAUAGACAGUUGGUUACACAUGUUGUCACUUACCCCAUAUGACUUUUAUCACUUUGGGGGGAAUCGUAAUUUCCACUUAAGUCAAAUUAUUACAUCAAUGCAAGACGACCUGAAAAUGUGAUUUUGUAAAAGUAAGAAUUUUCCCCUUUCAGUAUGUGUCAUAUAUCCCAUUGAAAUUCCCAUCACGCUUGUGUGUCAUGGAGCUAUAUGCCAUAGCUUUCUGCCGGGAGCUGAAAAGGCCGUUUUUUAACACGUUUAUCUUGCAUCUUGGUGUAAUUAAUAGAUAAUCGACAAUUGAAUCUGGAAUGUAAUGCUGUGACGGUAUUUGCCAGCUCUCUGUGUUUGGGACAAAUACUGACAGAUGUUUCGUAUACGUCCUCUUUACACUCACAAACAGAACUUUGUGUUUUUAUGACAUUAUACGCUACUGCUUGAAGUGUUAAUUCACAUUUUGAAUGUUAAUUUAUGUUUUCAAAUGAGGCAAAUCGUUUUCUUGGUGUGGUUGGUAGUAUCGAGAGAGAAAAACAUAUUUUGUCAGCUUUUUUGUUGUUGAUUGAUAGUCAUGAUUGUAAUGUUUGUUUUCUGGUUGAUUGAAACCAUGAAAUAAUCAAGUAUCCUAGAGCCAGGAACGAUAUUAUCUUGUACCUGCAGUAUACAAUCAUAACACCUUGUUGCGUUUGAGUACAAGACAAGCACAGAUGAAUCAUUUUACAAACCCUGAAUAUUCAGACGCUGAAUUAUUUUGUAAUUUAUACGUUGUUUUUUUAUGCCUCCUUUCGAGUCCAAACCAGGUUUGUUUUUAUAGCCCUUACCAAGUAUAUAGUUUAAAGGCCGUCGUUGUAUGGCGAUGUUAAAUGUCACUUUAUAAGAAUCCUGAUUGUACUUUUUAAAUGGUCUAUAGGUAGUCUAUAGGUAAUCUCUGGCAUAUUCUAUCGCAGAAAAAUAUUUGUGCUGAUACUAAGUGUCCGACGAAAUCCGAAACCCAAUAAAAAAUGUAUGUGUUAAUCCACCUCGUCAUUUGCAAAUUCUGUGCUAAACACACGUCAUUUCCUCUUGUUUGAAACAGGUUUUUUACCGUGUUUUUUUACUGCCCCUUAAUCCAGGGAAUUGAACCUACAACCACUAAUGUAAACAAUAGUCAUUGGACAUACGGUCAUGUCAUAAAUGGCAUUGACAACCUAUAAUAAUGUCAAAGUUAAAUAUCAUGCAAAAAUCAACAAGGCACCUACAUUGCUGCCUAUCGUAUUUAUUGAGUUACUACAUACAGGAUUAAUUGAAGUGGUCUGACUCAUGUCAGUACUCAGUGGUUUAAAGUUCAGCCCUCCACACAGAUACUAUGACUAGGGCCUAGAAUUGUUCCUGGACUGGUGACCUGGAAAACUCAAGACCCUAACUAUAACACCAACGAGUUGCGGUGUGAUACCAAUUUACCCCAGAAAUAUUUUUGGUAUCUCUCCUGAUUGUUUGUCGACCCUGUAUUGUAUCUAUUUCCCAUUGAAGUGUUUGGAUCUCAGAUCCUACUGUACUUGGGUGUUUGCUUUCUUCUUCUACCCUCCUCCAUUUUUAGAAAACCCCUUCUUCAGAUAUCACUAGACAGGUUUCACCUGGGAAAUAUACUUUAUAUUCUGUCAUUUAGUUGUUUGUUCACUCCGUCCUAGUUAGUGAACUUUGGGACCAAUAGAAGACAAGCUGAAAAAUAUAUAUAUAUUUUUUAAUCUCCUAGGCCAUCAUUUAGACAGAGUUCAGGGGUCGAUCAGAACGCUACACAUAGAAACGUAACAUAGGCUAGGUCAAACACGAUUGCUCCUAUUUUCUAUGAUAUAGAAGAAUAUAUGUUCUAUGUUGUGACUCAUCCAUUGUUUGAGAUACUUUGCAAACAUGUCUUUAUCUGAAAACUCGUUUCCAAGUGAUCUGUUUGUGAGCUCUGUUAAAUGUGAUUCGGACGAUUGUGUCAAUAAACUUUCCAUACGUGUUUCAA